UGCGGCCUCGGCAGCCACUCAAGAGAAAGAAAGCAGCCGCUGCAAGCUUCUACAUGGAACCACCGCAGCUCGUGCGAGAAGAAGACAAGCGGCGGUAGGCGUCAAAAUCAGUCGGGGAAGAAGAUAAAAGAAUCGAGGGGGGAACGAACGAGAGCAGGAAGGACACCCAGCGAGCCAUGGCCUUCCUCCUCCCCAAGCUCGCCACGCCGUCGUCCUGCAGAUCGCCCCCCAAUCCGCUCAAACCCCAGCUCGUCCUGCCCAGCCACGGCGGCGGCGGCGCCAAGCUCCACGGGGGUUCUGGGUCGGCGCAGGCCGCCGCGGCGCCGAGCCACCUCAACCUCAACCUCCCGCUCCUCCUCAGCGCCUCGCAGCAAGAUGCCCCCGUCGUCCCUACGGCCAAGUCCACGGAAACCAAGAGCCGGAGCGUCAGCAGCGGCGGCGGGGACCCGCGGAGGUCGGAGUUCUACCUCAACCUCGGGAUGGCGGUGCGCACGCUGCGGGACGACCUGCCGGCCGUGUUCGUCCGGGAGCCCAACUAUGAUAUCUAUCGCGAAGACAUCACAUUUGUCGACCCGUUGAACACUUUCCAUGGGAUUGACAACUACAAGACAAUCUUCUGGGCUCUCAGAUUCCACGGACGCUUGCUAUUCAGUGAAAUUGGGCUAGACAUAUCGCGUAUUUGGCAACUGACAGAGAACUCGAUUGUUGUUCGGUGGGAACUGUGGGGCACCCCGCGUGUUCCGUGGGAAUCAUAUGGCUGCUUCAGUGGCACAUCGAGGUACAAAGUCGACAGGAAUGGGAAAAUUUACGAGCAUAAAGUCGACAACCUGGCAUUGGACUUCCCCCGUCCGGUGGCCAAAGUGGGCAGCAUUGCUGACUUAGUAGUUGCUGCAUACCCGCCGAGUCCAAAUUUGACUUUUUGGGACGUGGUUCGUACAGGCGAUGGUUGCUCAUGGACAAAGCUUUAUCAAGCGGUGCUGGAGACUGUAGAGCGGGAAGGCGACAUUCCAUCAGGCAUUGUCAUUGAAGGUUUACUCACUUGUUCAUAGGAUGAAAUAAGCUUCAAGACUAGUUGCUUGUUAGUGAGUUUUCCUAGGCAAAAUGUAUAGAAGGGUACAUAAAGAACGUCUUAGAACAAAUUUAGGCCAAAUACAUCAUAGAUGACUAUAUCUCACCUUCCUUGUUGUGUAUUCUAGGAUAUUACUGCCACUUGUUUAUGUCUUGUGGGAUACAAAUACAAAAGUUUUGGCAAAUCUUCCUCCCUGAAUUAUAUUUUAGAAAA